AUGACCAAGCUCGACGUCACGGCCAUAAAGUUUUUCAACAUCAUCAACGGUCACAAUCCUGCCACUGGUGCUUACCUUGCGGACGUCCCGAUCGCGACAAGCGAGCAACUCGAUGAAUGUGUUGCCGCUGCCAGAGCCGCACAGCCGGCAUGGGGCGCCAAGUCGUACGAAGAGCGUGGCGUAGUGCUGAACAAGCUUGCGGACGAGCUUGAGAAGAAUGCAGACUUGUACAAACAACUAUUAGUUGCUGAGCAAGGCAAACCUCUGGCCGGUGCGGCAUUGGAGAUCGGGGGUUCUGUCCACUGGCUACGUGAAGUCUCUCGGCAACGACUGGAGGACAAGAUUCACGUCGAUACACCCGAGCGUCGGGUAGUCACUCGUCAUAUUCCCCUUGGAGUUGUCGGAGGAAUUGUGCCUUGGAACUUUCCGCUCCUACUCGCCACCUGGAAAAUCGCCCCCGCUCUUCAAGCAGGAAAUUCGAUCAUCAUCAAACCGAGUCCCUUUACGCCUCUAGUAACACUUCAUUUCAUUGCCAAGUGCGUAGUUAAUAAUAACCGGAUGGACUCACUAGUAAACGCAGACUUUAGUUGCCAGUCAUUGAUUCCUCCAGGUAUUCUCAGCGUUCUCAACGGCGAUGAUGGCCUUGGCCCCUUGAUCACUGCACAUAAAGGAGUCGACAAGAUAGGAUUCACGGGGUCGACUGAAACAGGAAAACGUGUUAUGCAAAGCGCCAGCGUCAAUCUUAAACGCCUUACUCUGGAGCUCGGUGGCAACGACCCUCUCAUUGUGCUUCCGGAUGUCAGCCCCGAGCAAAUAGCACCUCUAGUCAUAUCUUUUGGGCUGCGUUCCAGGCAAAACAAUGCUCAAUUCUGUAACGCUGCCAAGCGGGUGUACAUCCACGAUGAUAUCUAUGAGAAGGUUAGAGAUGCACUCGUCGCGUACGCAAAACACAUUACAGUGGGAGAUGGGUCCGACGAGAAGACGCAGCUAGGUCCCGUUCAAAACUCGUUGCAAUAUAACAAAGUUAAGACUUUCUUUGAGGACUGCACAGAGAAAGGGUAUUCGUUUGUAAUGGGAGGGAACUUGGACGCGUUUUCUGGACCAGGGCUAUUUAUGCCUAUUACCAUUAUUGACAACCCACCCGAGGACAGCAAAAUUGUUACACAAGAACCGUUCGGGCCGAUACUACCGAUCAUGCGCUGGAAAGACGAGGAAGACGUGAUUAGGCGAGCGAAUGAUACCGAAUGGGGUCUUGGCGCUUCGGUAUGGGGAAACGAUAUCGCGCGUGCGGACAGGAUCGCAGAGAAACUUGAAGCGGGAACUGUUUGGGUCAACGAGAUACAAAUUUAUGGACCCUGGAUUCCUUUUGGAGGCAUAAAGCAAUCAGGAGUGGGUGUAGAAAAUGGGCUUGCUGGUCUUGCAAGCUUCACCAACUACCAAACGCUUUCUUCAACCAAGAAAAUUCCCGCUUUCGGCCUAUAA